CAGUGUUUGUAAACACAGCGGACGUCAACGAAGUGUGAUAAUCUUGUAGGAGAGAGUACCACGCCUCUUCCAGACUGAGAUGGGAAACAUCAUCACAAAUGUCAUGGGCUCAACCAUGAUUGGUACAGGAGGUAGCAAAAGGAAGGUGGAAGAAGUUGAGAGUGAUUAUGAUGAAGAUGUUGACUUUGACUCUUUACUGAAUACACCUAAAAAGCGAAAACUUGACUCAACCUCAAAAUAUAUUUACAAAACAUUAUUUGAGGAAGGCCGGGCAUCUGAUGUUACUGUUAUUGCUUUGGGUACUGAAUGGCACUUACAUAAAGUGUACCUGUGUCAAAGCCCUUAUUUUCAAAGCAUGUUUUCUGGUAACUGGAGUGAAGCCAACCAGACCAAGAUUACAAUUGAAAUUCUGGAUGAUAACAUUACUAUUGAAGCCCUCCGACUUGCACUUGGCCAGUUCUACAAGGAUGAUAUUCUGGUUGAAGCUGCCCAAGUUAUACCGUUGCUGGCUACUGCCCUACUUCUACAGAUGGAUCCUCUUAUUGAGCAGUGUACCAGCAUUAUGUUGGAAACUAUCAAUUUACAGACUGUGCUACAGUACCAUGAAGCAGCAAGAAGAUACGGAGUAGUAGAGGUUGAUAAUGCCUGCAAACAGUGGUUGUUACACAAUCUACUUACUCAGGUGACUGAACAUCCAGCAACUCUGCGACACAUUCCUCCUGAUUUAUUGUAUGAACUAUUAUCCUCUCCUCAUUUGUAUGUUAUGCAGACAGAGUUCAGCAUUUAUGUAAUGCUUAAAGCCUGGGUUUUUUUACGAUUAAAUCCCUCAUGGGAAGGGACACAUGAGGCUGCUUUUCUUGAGGCACAUAGGUUCUUCAGAAACAGAACUGUGCCAGGGUGGUUCCUUGAGGAGGAGGGUCGAGAGUUUGCACAAGUGUUUUCAGCUUUACGGACAAUAUAUCUAAUUUACCAUCAUUUAGAUGUUGAAAUGUUAUAUUCAGAUCACAUUCUUCCUCCAACAUGGCUUACUCCUGCCAGCAUGCAUCAGUGGUACAAUAUGUUGAGAAUUGACCAAGGAAAAGACAGAGGACCAAGCGACAUCUCUGAGGAAGAAUUUGAUCGUACAUGUACAAGAUGUGGAAGAGUUUUAGCAAAUGCAGGGCAGCAUAUUUGGAGAUGGACAGGAUACAAUUUUGGUCUUGAUCUAGUUAUGACCCAUGAUGGAGCAUCUCUGAGACUGAAGCGAAACCAUCGAAAUGAAAACAUUGCCAGUAUUGUUCAGCCAGGCAGAAGGAGCAUUAUGUACAGAAUUACAGUUGCAUCUCUGAAUGACCAGAAACAAGUUAUUUAUACAAAAACUUCCGGGGUUCAAUCUGUAACACUAGCAAAAAAUGAAGAGGUUCGUGUAAUGGUGCUAGAUCCAGAAGUGAAGUAUCCUCUCCUUCUGAGUGCAAAUUUCCUUAUAACUACCAACCAUCCUAUUCUCCUUCGUGCUGGGAGCCAGUCAUCAAGUGGAGGGUGCCUUCCUCAGCCUGAAGUUCCAAGCUGUGUACCGCAAGAGUAGGAUUUAAUGUUGUUGUAUUGACAAACACAUUCUGUCUGUGUUCAUAAUCAAAUGUUCAUAACUAGGUUUUCCUAAACAUUUUGUAACCUAGGGGGAGAUGUCAGAUCUAUUUCAUUUAGGGUAAGGUCACAUGCAAGUAAGUUUUGAACGUUUUUGGAAAUGUACAGGCUCUGGUCUUGAAGUGAGCAAGUCUGAAAAUUUUUGAAGACAAAUCUUUUGAAAGUUAUGAGAUCUUUUAUGCUGGACAGUUUUGAUAUUUCUUGUGUUUUAUUGGAUGAAAUUUGUAUGUUAGUCAUCCUUCACAACAUAUUGCACAGUAUAUCAGAGUUAAAAAGGGUUAAGUUUUUUGUAUAUUUCAUGCAUGUGGUGAUGCAAAAAACUGUAAAUUUUAAUGGUAAAUUAUAAGAUUCUUCUCUGAAUAGUUAAAGCAUGAAGUUCACAACAGUGUUAUGUUAUAUAAAUAACUUAUCAUAGCAAGUACAGGUCUUAGUCUUGCAUACUUUCCAUACACAAAAGGAUUGUAUGUACAGUAAUUAAAUCUUGCUGCAUUCUUUGAUAGUGUAUUACCCAGUGUUUUAUGUUCUUUUUUCUGCAAAAAUGGUAAACUCUCCCAAAAUCAUGAAAAUUUCACUUUGAUUGCAGCUGGAGUUAUUAAGUGAAGAUGGGCUACUCCAGGAAGGGACAUAAUCUGUGACCUGUAGCUUUUCAUUAUUCUCUCAUUCUGGCUGAAAUGCAAACAUACUUUUUGCAGUAUCUUGAAAUGAUUAUGAGUGUCAUAAUCAUAAUGGUUUGUAUAUAUGGUAAUGAUAGUACUGUAUAGAGAUUGCAUGUUUUUUAUUGUGUUGUCUGUAUUUAUGUAAUCAGUAAUUAGUUAUGACAGAUUUUAGUAUGAUCUGAAUUUGUAUUUCUGUGUGAAUGAGAAUCACUUUUUUUUAUUAGUUAUUCAGUUUUUAUAGUUUCAUAUUUCUCCCCUGUGUGUAUAUCUCCUAAUGUGCCUAUUUCUAAACAUACAGAAGCAUUGUAUACAUACUAAUUUAUGGUAUCAUUUAAUGCUUUAUUCUUGAAAUUUUUUCUGUUUUUUUGACAAGAUUAUUUUCUUCAUGUUGUAUUCCUUAUUGUCAGCAUUAUUCUUUCAUUCUAAUAAUGGGGGUUAUUGCACAUUUACUGUUGCACUUAUUCUUCUGUUGCUUUUGUUACAGUUGAUGGGAGUUCAGUGAGAGUAAGCUUAGGCUAGAGAAGAAAGGAGAGAAUGCAUUUUAUUAACAUCUAACCCCAUGAAAGGAAAAGUUGAUGUCAAAAUUUUAUGUUGAUAAUGAUAACUUUUGUUGCCUAGUGGUAAUAGUAUUUAUAGAGAUUUAUAUUUUUUUUUAUGCCAAAGGUUUGCCAAAAGAUUAUUCAUGUAUCUUAAAAGCAGUGUUGGAUAAAAUAAUUUUACUUUCUAAGAGUAAGAGGGAGAGGGAGUGCUCACUCUAGUUUUUAUUAAGAAAAAUCUGAUACUUACUGUUUAGUAGAAUAAAGAUAGAUUGGCCAUUAAAGGAACACUUCAGUUUAGGAAAAUUGUUUUAGGUGUAGAAAUUAAAAACAAACUUUGGAUGAAGGUAAUAUAAUUGUUUCAUAAUUUUCUUUUUGUUCAUGAAACUUACCUGUCAGAUAUAUAUAUAGCUGUAUUUUUCCAAAUCCGACAGAAAUUUAAACACUUACGACACACGCAGU